AUGCUCGAAAGAUUGAAGGCCUCGGGGAUAUUUUUGGGGUCUGAUCCAAAGCUGAGGAAUGUCAGCGACAACGAUAUCCAAUCGGAAAGGGUUGCGGUUAGGGGAGAGGACGAGGUUUUCUAUGCUGUGAACUCAACGAUACGAGCUACGGAGCUUUCGCCUACUGUUCACGAUUUCAAGACGCUUCAGCCGGGAUUGAUUGACUUCGAUGUUCAGAAGCUCAUUUUGAAUCAAUCAGGUGAUUUGCUGGCAGUUGUUGGCCGGUCCAAGAUAGUGGUGUGUUUUCUGCCUCCACCAGGAUUCAUUGGGAGCACCGGAGGAACCACUUUUCGCGCUCGCCAGCUUGCAGUUGAUUCUGCUAACAAUCCCCCUGUUCUAAAGGUUCUGUGGUCGCCUCUCAGCAGAUACAAUUCUAACCUGGUUGUUCUACGAGCAGAUGCCACUAUCAAGAGUUAUGAUGUGAGCGAGUCUGCCGCCGUUCCGUACUCUGUAUACGCUGUCAAUAGCGCUCUCAGGAGCAAACGUCGUGGUUUCAGUGUGAAUGCGUUUGAUACCGAUCCUGUCUCGAUUUCAUAUGGAUCCCAGCAGAAUCCAAAGGGCGCCUUGACGUUAUACAUCAUGGAUCGCAGCGGAGACUUACACUUUUUGUAUCCGUUCUUGCCCAAUUACCUGUCUAUAACAGAGGAUUUUAUUGAAUUGCUCCUGAAUGAGAGCACAGUUUUGGCUAAUAAGGCGAAUGAGGAAAGUAUUCAGGCGUAUCUGGAACAAGUAAGGUUUGUCUCAGCCCUUUGGAAGGGAAAAGAAAGAGCAGAAAAGGAAGUGGUGAUAUCGAGUUCCAAUAAAGUCAAAAGAUAUAUCUUCAAGGUGGGUUCUAAAAACGCGGAGCUGAAGCUUCAGGGACCACUGUUGGUUCGGCCUUUUCCCGAGGAGUUGUACGAUAAGGAUGGUGUUGAUAUAAUAUCUAUCAAAGGAGAGAGCCAGGACUCUGACUUUCUUGCUUGUUCUUACUCGGAUGGCUCUAUUCUUGUGUUAGUGCAAUUAGAAAACCAUAUUAUGAGGUGGAACAAUCUUGACUACGACUAUUCAUCUGGUUUGACACUGGUUGAACACUUGAAGACGCCAUCAUCCAAAAGUGGUAAAAGCGUGGUAAAGCAUUUACACAAAACCACUAUCCCAUAUGUCUUUGCUGCAAGCUCUCUGGAUGGUUCGGUGGUGUGUGUCGAUAUCAGAGACUGGGCUGCCCAAAUUGAGAAUGCAAUCUUUUCUGGCGAUGGAAACCUGUUCUCGCAGUCAAAUAGUUCUACAGUUACUGUUUCUGUGAAAAGCGGGAAGUUGGAGGGUAUCUCCGAUGUGGCAAUUGAGGGUCAUACUGGAAAUGUGAGACUUUUGGUUGUCACUCCCUCCCUAGUUGAAUUUUUGGAGUUCAACGAUAGGGAUGACGGCUCGGAGGAUUCGACAGGUGUUGAAGCUGAGAUCCCAUCAAGAAAGAUACAGGGACUACGUAGCGCUUGGAACGCGACAGAGGUGAGCCAUCAGCUGGACGGCAUUCAGAACGAAAUACGCAAGUUGCGGGUGUCUGCGGGAAAAUUCGACCUCUCUGAUAGGAUCAGCGCGGAUGAUAAGCCAAUGAUGGCUCUCAGCUUUAUUUCCGGUGAGAUCACCAAACUGGUUGUUAAACUAAACCUAAUUGCUCUUCUUUGUCAUGGACGCAUACAAUCACAAAGACAGAAGUUCCAGCAGCAAAUCUUGUCUGUGGCAGAAAAGAAGGACUCGUUCUCGGGCCUGGACGAUUCAGUCUCCGAGAAUGUCAAGAAGAUCGAGACCAGACAGCGGGCCAUUGAUCAGAGGCUUGAAAAGGUGGCUCAAAAGAUUCAGAGUUUGAAGCUUGGAAACAGUCCUCUAAGCGAGGAGGAAGCAGCUUUCUACAAAGAGCUGAACCGUGUCAAAAAGGUUGUUGCCGAUUCGAGCACUGGAUUGGCCAGACGGAGCGUGUUGCUGAAGGAGCAAGUCGAGGAACUGCGUGUGGCCGUCGAAAAAUCGUUGAUGGCUUCUAACAUUAAAGAUGGACACAAUUGGAAGAAAUUGGUUGACUCACUCAGGGAAAGACAACAGUUCUCGGAGCACUUAUGUGAAUUUUUCAAGGAGACGAUGAAGCUGGAAGAGAAAGGUGUUUGGUAG